GCCUUUUAACAAAUUGAAUAAAAAAAAAAAAAAAAAAAAAAGGAGACACAAAAAGAAGACCGCAGAGAAAUCAUACACUACUACUCGUUUCUCUCUGCGGAGGCUGAGUGUUCAUCUCUCUAACAUCAGCCUCAAAAUCAGCGAGGGAAGGUAGCAAUGCCUGCACAGAAGCGUUCACCGCCGGAGAAUCCAAACAGGGAGGACCCCACCAAACAUCACUGCAAGAGCCAUGCCAGGCAAUCUAGAGACGAAGAAGAUGACCUACAUCGAGAAGAAGAUCAACAGCCGGACCAGGAUGAAGACAUGGAGCAGGUAGAACAGGAUGAAGAAGAUAAAGAGGAAGAAGGAGGAGAUUCUGAGGGAAGCCCAUCUUCCAACUCCGACGAGAAACCCGAAUAUGUGCUCGUAGAACUACCUGAAAUUCGUAAGGAAGUACAGUGCCCAAUUUGUCUUGGAAUCAUUAAGAAAACAAGAACUGUUAUGGACUGCUUGCAUCGCUUUUGCAGGGACUGUAUUGACAAAUCGAUACGACUAGGGAACAAUGAAUGUCCUGCUUGUCGCAAACAUUGUGCAAGCCGGCGUUCUUUGAGAGAUGAUCCAAACUUUGAUGCUCUUAUUGCAGCUUUAUAUCCUGAUAUUGCUAAGUAUGAGGAGGAGGAGCUGGCUUUUCAUGACGAGGAUCGGACUCGCAAUCAGCAGAUUCAAGCAUCUAUUGCACAAAUAGUUCUAAGACAAGCAAGAGUAUUUGCUAAGAAACGUGCAGCGGGAAAAGAUACCGUACCUACAUCCACAUAUAUGUCAAGAUCACAGCGUAAUCUUGGUCCUGGUCCUUCAUGGAGGAGACGCAACUGCCAUGGACCUGAACGCCAAGCAUCUGAGGACCAUGAAGAUGAAAAUUAUGAUAAUGUGGGCAAAGAUUCAUCUUCUACUGAUGAACGCGGUACAGAAGCCCGGCAGAGAAGAGGCAAGAGACGUGUGGGAAGUCGCUCAUGUCAGCCUUCUUCAUCAGCAGCAAAUGAUGUUAACUGUGUUGACAAUGAAUCAGAAGUCUGCCAUGCAAGCAAAGGAAUUCCUCCUGGACUGAAUUGGAAGCCAGAAACACUUGCUUGGGGAAGAGGUGGGGCUAGAAGUCACACACGACAUGGCAAUUCAAGUGGUUGUAAUAAUAAGAAUUCACGAAGCACUCGCUUAAAUAAGCUGGUAGAAUAUCUCCGAAGCUUAGAAGAAAACAAUGAUGAGUUAGAUGUUCAUCUCAAGCUCGUUUCGCUGGACAAACAAAAUACACCAAAUUUGGAGCAGCCAUACCUUUGUUGUCGACCCAGUUUGUCAGUCAAGCAGCUAUGUGAAUAUGUAGCAUGCCAGAUGGAUUUGCAGGCUGAAGAUAUAGAAAUAUGUAUGGUAAAAGGGCAGCAUGAUGCCAUUUCCAAUGAGAAUCAAGUCGAUACAGAUCCUUCAAACUCAGUGGGGGAGGUGCAAAUUCUGGAAGCUCAAGAAAUCAUGGCUAGGCUUAAAGUCCCCUGCACUUCCAGUAGGGAUCAUUUGAUUCUGGCAUACCGUCAGAAGCAGACUAACUAGAGAGAAAGGGUGGCGGCAUUAUUUAUGAAGAGCUUGUGCAUAAAAAUAUACUAGCUGGGUUGGAGAUCUCUGCAAUAUGUCCAUUUGAUAGUAGUAUACAUUGGUGGAUGCUGAAAUUGCAGAUUGCUCUGCAGUUUCUGGAAAUGCAAGAUUAAUUUGUUUUUCUUACAGAUUUGCGCAAACUGGAUAUUGUUAGAUUGAUUUGCCUGAAAGAUGGAUUUUUCUUAUUUCCUUUUUACAUUGAAAUGUUUGUAAUGUGUUUGGUGGAAAAUAGUGAUUUAUUAUGUCAA